GAUCUAGCUAUAGCUACAUUAUCCAUAUACAAAAAAGCAAAAAUAUAUCCUCAUCAAUUUUAAACAAAUCAUACCCACCGAUAAAGAUGAAGUUCAGAAAACUUGAUAUGAAAACUGUUUCAGCCGACAAUCUUCCAAAAGUUCGGUGUUUCCUGAAGAUGAAAGUCUAUGCCGAGGUUUACUUCAACGGAGAGCCCAAAACAAGCAUCCGAACCACCGUGGACAUGGCUGGAGAGAGGAACCCUAAAUGGGACCUCCAGCUCAAUUACACCAUCAACAAGGCCUCUCUCCGGAAGCCCGGGCUGGAGGUGGUGGUGAAGCUCUACUGCAAGAGAACUCGGGGAGACAAGUACAUCAGUGAAGUCAAGAUACCGGUCAAGGCCCUCUUCGCCAGGCGUAGGGCUGGUCAAGAGGCGAGCUUCGAUGUUGCUGGGACCGGAAAUGGGAAGCUCAACAUUUUGUAUAGUUUUGGGAGGAUGUUUAGGGAUGAGGAGCCCUCCUGUUGGGUAGAGGCGAUUAGGGCCGGGCUCAGGGUCUUGUUCGUGGUGAUGGUACAGGGUACGUGGUUCGCCUUGUCUGGAGGCAUCUAAGAUUUGUUUCCUAAUAUUGAUAUUGUUAGUAUGCCUUGAAUCUGUAUAGUUUGCCGCUAGCCGAUACAACGUUGGGAAUUAUUGGAGUGGGGAAGGUUGAGAUUAAUUUUGGUGAAUGGUGAAUGAUUUUAUUGCAUUAUAGUAUAAAAGUAUUUAUGUAAAAAUAACAUGAAUAUAGUCAUAAUUUAC